UUAUUUUCAGAAUUUAGUGGUGGAUGUGCACAGCAGGUUGUAGAAACAGCUGUCGGAGAUGACUGUAAUGGCUUCAGGUGUAAAAUAUGUGGCAAGCAGUACAAAUGGUCUCAGAGUCUGAGAAGACAUCAGCAGUUAGAAUGUGGCAAGGAGCCACAGUAUUCCUGUGGGUUGUGUUCAUAUCGCAGCAAGCAGAAGGCACAUCUGAAAAGACAUCUUCAGUUGAUUCAUCGAGCUGCAGUUAUUUUAAACAGGAGACAAAAUUAUUUAACAGACUUCAUUAUAAAGCAAGUGCAGCAUGAACUGGUAACGGCAGUGGAUGUGCAGCGCAAUGGCUACAGAUGUGAUGUAUGUGGUAAGCGAUAUAACUGGCCAGAAAGUCUGAGGCGACAUCAAAAGUUUGAAUGUGGUAAGGAACCCCAAUAUUUCUGUUCACUGUGUCCAUAUCGAUGCAAACAGAAAGGAAAUUUGAAAAGACACAUUUUAAGCAUUCAUACGAGUGCCAGCUUUCCUAGCUACUAGGGAAGAAGCAAGCCUGUGGU